GCACGGUCACACUGCUCUCGAUGGCAGUGACAUAACCUCUCUCCGCUUAUUGUCCGGAGUAAAUUGUAUUUUUCGAAAACAUAAAUCGCAACUUGCGUUUGGGUUGGCGAGAUGUUGAAGCUGAACCUCGUGAACCAGUUGCGAACGACGUACAAGCGCUGCUUGGCCGGACAGUCGCUGCAGGCGCAGCUGAGUCCCGCGGAUGCGGAGCCGGCGUACCCGGAGAUUCGGGAUCUCUCCUUCAAGGCCCGAAAGCAAAGAGAGGCUGCCGACUGGCAUGAGGAGAUCCGCCAGGUGCCCACGGUGGAGGAGAAGUUGAUCAAGAUCAACAUGCCCCGCUACUACGGCUAUAAGGUGGUCGACUUCAACGACUCCAAGAUCCCCUACAACGCACUGCCGCUCACGCAACACUAUACGCGCACGGUUCUCGAGGAUCUGGAUGUGGCAUCUCCAGCUGCAUCGCCGGAGGUCGCUGACCAAGCGGACAAAAGCAUAAGCAGCCAGGACGCUCUGGUCAAGGCGACCCGCGAGGAUGUCAUCGAGGCGCUGGAGUUCGCUCACGACUACUACAAGCACCUGGAGAAGCUGCCCAACUCGGCGCAACCCAGCGACGUUGAGCGUGAGCGCAUCCUAACGCAGAUCAUUGUCGAACAGCUGAACAGGACACUGCUGCAGGCUCUCAGCGAGGAGUACAAGCACCUGGAGGAGGCCGAGGUGGACUACAAUCCACGGCACGAGGCCUUCUGGGCGGUGGGCGGAGUAGAUCCCCCCAAGAACGUGCAGAACUCGAAGAAAGGCCGCGAGUGGCAAAAGGAUGACGCCAACGAGAGCAUUGACCGGCUGGUUCAGUACAGCGGAACGCCCUACCUCUCCCUGCGCCAUCGAAAGCAAUUGUCGCCCUGGAAAACGCCAGCCGAGUGCGAAGAUCUCCAGCUGAGCAAACAAAUCCCGCGCUUCAAGCACGACCCGCGCACACUGGGCUACAGCACCAAGCACCAGCAUGCCACCAAUGUGCCGGGCUAUUGGCCCAAAGGAAACGAGCACAAUUUUGGACUGAUCUCGUUCCAAUCGAGGGCUCACCUUCAACUGCGACCCAAAUCGUAUGGAGAGCAAGAUCUGCAAGAAGCUCUUCACGCUCUGGCGAUUAAAUCGUCAUACGCUUGGCUCUUGGCCCAGGCCAACUACAAUGGCUUCAACACCUACAACGAACUGACCUACCCCAUGAACACGCAAACUGUGAUCACCAACGGCAGGGAGUGGAGCUUCUACGAGUAUCAAUUGAACACCCUGCUGCUGCACGGCCACCACCAGGAGGAGAAUCCGCGGGUAAACUUCUGUCGCGGAACGAAGCCCCUGCCGCUGUACGCGGAGAUUUCGUCGAGUGGCAAGUGCGUGGAUUUCAACGACACCACCCUGCGUCAGCUGCUCAACUUCUAUGCCAACGUUCCAACCAUUCAGAGGAGUAUUGGGGAGCAACAGCCUUAUGUCUCGUCCGACAUCACCGCCUAUGAGAACGCCGAGCAGCGCGAGUUUAUAAGCAAAACCUUCAAACACCUGGCCUCGAACCGCCCGCGACACUUGGAGCUACCUGAAAUCUACCUGUGGGAGAAGUUGUACAAGAUCGACAACAAGAACCGCGCCAUGGAGGCGAAGCGUCGCUUCUUUGAGCUGGACAUCAAUCCUUGGCGGCGACCGCUCGAUCAGCACGACAAGGAGUACGUGCCACGCGCACUCCGACCAGGCGUACGAAAAAAUCAAAACAGAUUCAAAAAGACGUACUACCCUUGAAUAAAUAAAUAGAAAUUAACAUUUCGAAAGUUAAACUUGUUACAAA